AUGCCAGAGCCAGCAGCACAACCACAAUCCCCACCUUUGACUUUCAACCUCUUCUUGAAGUACGGUAUGGCCGGUGCCCUCGGUUGCUCGAUCACUCACAGCGCCGUCGUCCCACUCGAUGUCGUCAAGACUCGUCUCCAGACCAACCCAGCCAAGUACACUGGAAUGGUCAGUGGUUUCAGCACCAUCAUCAAGGAGGAGGGAGCCAUGAUGUUGCUCCAGGGUCUCGCCCCAACUGCCAUCGGUUACGCUCUGCAAGGAUUCUUCAAGUUUGGUUUCUAUGAGGUCUUCAAGAAGAAGUACGGAGAGUUUGUCGGUCCAGAGGCUGCCGUCACCUACCGUAUCCCAAUUUGGUUGGCUGCUUCCGCCACCGCUGAGACCAUUGCUGAUCUCGCUCUCUGCCCAAAUGAGGCCACCAGAAUUCGUUUGGUCUCUGACCCAAGCUUUGCCAAGUCCCCAGCUGAGGCUUUCACCAAGAUCUUGAAGAAUGAGGGUCUGGUUGGUCUGUACAAGGGUCUCCCACCCAUUUUGUUGAAGCAGGUUCCAUACACCAUGGCCAAGUUUGCCGUGUUUGAGUACACUGCUGAGAGCGUCUACAAGGUGUUGGCCUCCCGUGGCACUCCAAGAGAGUCCAUGACUGACGGACAGAAGCUCACUGUCUCCCUCGGUUCUGGUAUUGUCUCUGGUGUUGUUGCCGCCAUCGUGUCUCAACCAGCCGAUACUAUCCUCUCCAAGAUCAACCAGGAGAAGACUGACGGUGGUGUUGCCAAGGCUAUUGGAAACAUCGUUAGACGUCUCGGUUUCUCUGGUCUCUUCCUGGGAGUCGGAACUCGUUGCUUCAUGGUCGGUACUCUUACCGCAGGCCAAUUCUUCAUUUACGAUGGAUUGAAGCAGGCUCUUGGUAUCACUGCUAAGAAGUAA